AACAAUUUGGCGGGAAAAUGGGAGCAUAACGGGUGAAGAGGCGGAUCCUGAGUGCGGCCACCCAUCUCCAUCCAUGGAAACCGAUUCCGAUUCUGACUCCGACGCCUCUCACGUUUCCGCCACUCCACCAAGAGACCGCAGUCCACCACCUCCACAGCAAGCGCCACAGCCACCGCCACCGCCGCCGCCGCCGCCGCCGCCACUCUCCAUUCUUCUCUCUUCAAUCAAAUCCAGAACUAAGGCUAGACCCUCCUCCACUGCAAAACCCAAACCAUCUUCCAAGUCUACAAAACCCUGCUUAAACUCUAAUUCUAAUCCUAACCAUAACCAUAACCCUAACCCUGACUCCAUCCCCCCUCAUCACCAUCCUUUUUCCUUACCUAACCUUCGUUUUUCCGGUCAAAACCAUCCCAUUUAUGCAGUCAAUUCGUUUGAAACCCUUCCCGCCGGCUACUUCUCCAAGGUCGCGUCCUUUUCUAAACUCCAAAAACCUUGCCCCAAACCAGAUCCGGUGGAAAAUGAGCCGUCUUUAGCUUCUGGGUUGACUCCGAAACAACCCCACGCUUGUGAGGCUGUUAGUACCGGGAGUGCAGUGAAAUUUGUGAAGAAACAUUGUAAUUUGAUCGGUUCUGAUGUUAAUCCCAAACCGGUGAAGCGGCCUAAGUGCGGUAGUGAAGGAAAUUUUGUGAGGCUGAACAUCAAUGGCUAUGGGCGAAAGUUUACAAACAAGGGCAAGAGAAAGAGUUACAAUGCAUCGAGUGGGGCUCGGCGAACAUUUAGGAGAACUAAAAGAAAAUCGAAAGCAGAAGGUGGAGCUGAAGAGGAUGAAGAUGGCUUGGUUUUGGAGACCCCCACAAUGGAGAAGCAAGGGAGAGUAAAAUUUGACGGUGAGUUGAUUGAGGCGGCUGCGUUGGAGGUUCAGAAUGAGGCGUCUGAUGAGAAAUUGGUGAAGUUGCUGGGGCUGACACAUGGUUAUGAUUCGUUCCGGGAUGGACAGUUGGAGGCAAUUAGGAUGGUGCUCGAGGGGAAAUCAACAAUGCUGGUUUUGCCAACGGGUGCUGGAAAAUCACUGUGUUAUCAGUUACCAGCACUGGUGUUACCAGGGAUCACGCUGGUUGUGAGUCCGCUGGUAGCUUUGAUGAUUGAUCAACUUAAACAGCUGCCUCCAAUGAUUCCGGGUGGUCUUUUGUCUAGCAGUCAGUCAGCUGAAGAGACUUCUGAAACACUACGACAGCUUCGAGAAGGAACUAUCAAGGUUCUUUUUGUUUCACCUGAGAGGUUUCUAAAUGCAGAGUUUUUGUCGAUAGUUUCAGCCGGUCCACCUAUAUCACUUGUAGUGGUGGAUGAAGCUCACUGUGUGUCUGAGUGGUCACAUAAUUUUCGGCCUUCAUAUAUGAGGCUGAGGGCAUCCUUACUUCAUGCUGUGCUUAAUGCUAAAUGCAUUCUUGCAAUGACUGCAACUGCAACGAGCAGAACCCUGCAUGCUGUUAUGCAUGCUCUGGAAAUUCCAGCAGCCAAUCUCAUCCAGAAAGCCCAAUUAAGGGACAAUUUACAGCUAUCGGUAUCUCUAAGUAAAAAUAGGAUGAAAGAUUUGAUGAUGCUAAUCAAGUCUCCUCCCUUUAUUGAGGUUCAGAGUAUCAUUAUUUACUGCAAAUUUCAGUCUGAGACUGAUUCAAUAAGCAAAUACUUAUGUGAUAACAAUAUCUCUGCAAAGAGUUACCACAGUGGCAUACCAGCAAAGGACCGAAGUCGUACACAGGAGUUGUUUUGUUCCAACAAGAUAAGAGUGGUUGUUGCAACUGUGGCAUUUGGCAUGGGCCUCAAUAAGAGUGAUGUUGGAGCUGUUAUACAUUUCAGCUUACCAGAAAGCUUGGAGGAGUAUGUUCAGGAGAUUGGACGGGCUGGACGAGAUGGGAAUUUGUCUUAUUGUCAUCUUCUCUUUGAUGAUAUUACAUAUUUCAAGCUUCGCAGUCUGAUGCACAGUGAUGGAGUGGAUGAAUAUGCGGUAAAUAGAUUUCUAUCCCAGGUUUUCAGCAAUGGCAUGGGCUCACCUGGGAAAGUUCAUUCGAUAGUCAAAGAAGCUGCAUCUCGUAAAUUUGAUAUGAAAGAAGAGGUGAUGCUUACAAUCUUAACGCACUUGGAGUUGGGUGAAGUACAAUACUUGUCUUUACUUCCGCCAUUAAAUGUAACUUGCAGCUUAAACUUCCAUAAGACUACCCCUGCUUUGCUUGCUGACUGGGAUAUUGUGGUUGCAGCAAUUCUAAAGAAGUCUGAAACUAAACAAGGGCACUAUGUGUUUGACAUACCCACUGUGGCAAAUAGCAUUGGGAUUACAACUAUUGAUAUUUUAAAUCAGUUGCAGAACCUGAAGUUGAAAGGAGAAAUAACAUAUGAGAUGAAGGAUCCAGCCUAUUGUUACACAAUUGUGGAUGUUCCUGGAGAUCUUUGUUGCCUGGCAGCACAUCUUACAAAAUGGUUAUCCGAGGUCGAAAGUUGUAAGGUACAAAAAUUAGAUACGAUGUUUAAUGCUGCUGUCUCAGCAGUGGAACUAUGUGAGAAGAAGUGCGGCUGCCUUGGUGCCCAGCAUACACCAUGCUUGCAAAGAAAGAUUUCAGAUUACUUUAGUGGAGAUGGUAAUGGCGACAUUCCUAAUAAGAUGGAUCAAAGCAGCCCAUUUUUGCGAGCAGAUAUAAAGGUAUUUCUGCAGAGCAAUUCACAGGUCAAGUUUACUCCCAGAGCUGUUGCAAGGAUAAUGCAUGGCAUUGCUAGCCCAGCCUAUCCUUCUGCAACUUGGUCCAGAACUCAUUUCUGGGGUAGGUACAUGCAGAUGGACUUCCAAGUGGUAAUGAAGGCAGCAAAGGCAGAGCUCAUGAAUUUUGUUGGAAAGGAUGCACUCUAGCCAGAGUUGCAUGAUGGCAUAGUUUCCUCUGAAGUAACUAACUUGGACGAGACCAUUCUAGAAAAAUAAGUUCUUGUGCAGUCUGGACCCCAAGUCAAAUCAUACAACAUAAAGUAGAAAAAAAAAAGGUGGGGGGAAAGCCUGAAUGUACCAUUGUUGUUGAUCUUCCUGCAUAAAUUAUUACACAUGUAAUAAAAGCUUGGUCUCCCAUAGACCUUAUAAUUGGAAUCAAGACUGCUGUGAAGAAACUGAAAAUGAAUAGUGUGAGAGGACAGCUUUCCUGUGGUGCCACUCUAAUAGACAAGACUGCUGUGAAGAUACAUUGACAAAUGCAGUGUGUAUGGGUGUUAAGUUAAAGAAUGAGAGAGUUUUGGGGCCUCUCGAGUCUUUGACUGAUCAUGGCUACUGGUUGGCAAAUAAAAAAAUGGGGAUUAUUAGAGAUAAUGUAUUCUCAUAAACAGGGUAUAACUUAUAAAUGAGCAUAAUAGCUAGUUGACCAGGCUCA